GGCGACGACCAUUGGGCCUCUCUUUGAACAUUUGCGAAUUUCGAUUCAGUCGGAUUCCAUCCGCGAAAAUGUACACUCUUGCGAUAGUGGACACGUUCUCGUAGUCUUCAAUCAUUUGAAAAAAAAAAUAUCCUCAGAAAAAGUUGCCGCAACGCGCGUGAAUAACUUGAAAGUGCAAAGAAGGAAAAUCGUAACGAGUGAAAAUAUUUAAAUCACCUGACCACGGCACUGAUUGCGUAGAACUUUUAAUUUACCAGUGAACGAGAAAGGCUUUGAUUUUGAGCAUCGAUAAACUUUGAUUUUUCGCGGGUUGUGAAAGCGAUACAGGUUGUAGGAUUUUGAAAAAAAACGCACAUCAGCUCACCUUAGAGUACAAAUUAAAAAAACUUAGUGAUUUUAAGCAUUUAUUAGUAAAAAAAGACAAAGAAGCAACUCUCCCGUUCAAAGCUAACUCACCUUUUAAAAGUUAACUCAACCGUGAUAAUUAAUUUAACCCAAUGAUGAAAUUUGUUGCCUCAGAGAUUUCGAGCAUUAUGGAACUGCAGAUGAGGAGUGAGCCAAUUAGUAGUAGUAAUCGUGCCACCAAGCGCACGAUUUCUUCUUCCUCUUCCUCCUCCUCUUCGUCGGCAGGCUUCGACUCCUACUGUGUUUCGUUGGCUGUAGGACCGCUGUGGUGGUCCGAUGUCCCACAAUCCCGAACGGACCACGAUAGGGCGUCUCCCUUGAAAGAAUACAAUCGCAAGACAUCUAUCGAUUCGACAACCACCGCUUCGUCUGAGUUUACCGAUUAUGACGAUACCGAGUCGACCGUAGAGUUCAUGAACCAACAUGAAGCCGCCGUCAUCCAGGAAGUGCUGAACCAGCCCACGCCAACGCAAAUCUCGCUGAAGUUGUUCGUCACUCCGCAGAAGUACAGCGUCUGGGAAACGGUCUUCAACCCGUUGGACAACAUCCUUUAUGUGAACCUGCCGUCGACCAUGACGCACGAGGCAUCGAAGCAUUCGUUCAUCUCUCUGCUGGAAUUCGCCGAAGAGAAGCUCGAGUGUGACGCCGUAGUCCUUUGCAUCCGCAAGGACCGCCUCGAUCGUCCAAAUCUGGUGCGUACAUUCUCAUUUGUCGGUUUCCAACCUGUCAGCCCCAAGUCACCAUUGGCGCCACCUCACAUUGAAGAGCAGCAGAAGAACGACUAUCUCUUCAUGAUCUACAACAUCGAGGAGUGAACCAACUCAUCAGUGAAACUCAGACCAAGCCUGGUGGGUGUGUAUUGAUCAAAAUCAAAUCUUCGCCGAUUGCCGCCCUUCGAACAUUUAUAUCCAUCAUUAGAGGGAGCGUUCAUAACAUCGAACGGACCGAAGUAAGAACCUAUUGAGCUGCUGAGCUUCGAUUGGUGGCAGGUCGUCGCAUACCAAAUCAGUGCGCUUGGUGGGUUCGUUUUGAUCAAUACGCAUUAGACCGGAAUACACGUAAUUACAUUAACAACAACAGAAAAAAAAACUAGAACAUACACCCAUAAAGUUAAAGAAAACAGAAAACAUCUCUCUUUUCGAAAGAUUACAAUACCAGCAUUAAAGUGAACUAACAAUAUAAGCUAAUACAUAAGAGCAAACAUAAUCCUAAUUAUUCCCGAUGUCGAAACUUGCGAUUUGUAAUUGUUUUAAGAAAAAUGCUUCUAUCAUUAAAUAAACAGAAAAUAUACAAAAAAAAAAAACCAAAAAACAUAAAAUUACAAAAAAAGUUAAAAAGUAGAAAAUCUUUUGAUGAAAAAAUCCUAUUUUUUACAAAAAAGACCCAAAAAAAGAAACAAAAAUAUUAAACUAGAAUCUAUAAGGAAAAGGUAAAACGAAAUUAAAGAUAUACAAAUUAAAACAAAACAGAACCGUUGAAGUUCAUCAAUUGAGUCAAAGAAGCGGACGCCGAUAGAAGAGCGAAAAAAGGAGUGGAAUCGAAACUUUUGUCUAUCAAGUGAGUGAUUCCUUCGAUAACGAGCGAGUUCUUACUAAUGGAACUGCUAAAAGAAGCCACGCUUCUUACCACUGCACAAGUAGUGCAUCGAACAAAACAGAAAAAAAACGCGGAGAGCAAAGAGGCAAGACUUGAUUUUUUACGAAGGAAAAAUUCAUGCGAGACGGAAGCAUAGAUACACACUAGAACGAGAUUUAGAGGAACCGCCAAAACAGCGUAUUGUACACUACACAACUACUUGUACUUAUUUUACUUACUGUCCACACACUAAUUUCAUACAACACAGAAACGGGUUGCGGCGAGGCAGAACAGGCCUCAGCACCCGAUGGUAUUGUAAUUGGACGCAGCGUUUAGUUCGACUUUGUCCUGCCGACUCCACGUCGGAAAAGUUGAGAGGUUUUCGUUUUUAAGGAACAAAAAUUGAUCGAAACAUCAGAUCACACUCUCCAUCCAAUGAACUUGAGAAAAGAAAAAGAUAAACAGAUUUUUUUGGUUGAUACAGUUUUUAACUUUAUGUGGGAACAAUUAAGAAAGAAAGAUUUAUUCCUGGUAUAAUUUUUGUAUUGCUAUUAUAUCAGUUUUAUAUUUUUAUACCUAUUACUUGUUACUUUAAUUAAUGAACAAUUAAAUCUUACAUCCUACAAUUAUAUUAUUUUAUUGCGCAAAAAUACCUCUUUGGUUUCGGUUGAGACCGAGGCAUUGACGGAGGUUUCAACAGUAGCCAGAGAAAUAUUCAAUAAUAACGUAGUAUAAUAACAAUGAAUGUGCAGACUUUUACAUAUUUUUAUUAUUACCAUUUAUCAGUGUUUAUCAAAAUUGCUAGCAUGAAUUGAAAAUUAAUAAAACAACUAUUUUAGGUUUCUUAAACAGGA